AUGCCGGCGUCACAGAACAGCAAGCACAGCCUGGCAGCGUCAAAGCGCAAAGCAGCCUCCACCUCCUUCUCUACACCACCCCUCAAGAAGAAGAGUGCUGCCACAAAACGUCCCGCCAACGAUGACGACUUCAUCAUGACGCUCGACUCGGACGACGACGUAGAGGACCUCGAUGCAAUCAAUGCCGAGGCAGACGAUGCAGAUGCCGCCGCUAGCGAAUCAGAAUCAGAACCAGAACCAGAGCAGACCGCCCAAGCACCGGCAGAUGAGAAGCUCACAAAGAACCAACGCAAGCGCAAGGAAAAGGCGCAUCUCGCAGGAAAGGAAAAGAUCGUCGAGUCCGUUGCUGCUCGCUCCAAGUCGAACGGUGUAGUCAAUGGUAAAGAUGGAAUGGCUUUGGACAAGGACUUUGAGUUUGACAUCUUUGGCGACGGUUCCGGCGCAGACUAUGCUGGUGCAGAGUCCAGUGGCUGGGAUAUGAGCGUUACCGGCACGAGGAUGCACAAGAAGUUGAACGUCGAUGAUAUCAUCGAAAAGAGGAGAAAGGAUCUUCCUGCUUUGCCCUUGCCUGCUGAUGACGACGACGAGCAAGAGUCCGAAGACAGCGCAGCGGAUGACUCCGAAGACGACCUGGACGACGAUAUCAGAUUCGCCGAGUACGAGGACAGCGACGACGAUGAAGACCGAUUCGGUGGUGGUGACGCCAACAUUGCAGGUGACGACGAGGAUGAUCAAGACGCAGCAGAGGUGGAUAGCCAAGAAGAUCCACUCAGCAGCGACGCAUCCGACGCUUCUGAUGACGAUGAUGAGGCGCAAGACACUCAGAUCGCAGAACAGGACCAGGACUCGGACUCGAGCCAAGACGAUUCCGACUCGGAAACCGAACAGGAGAAAGCCAAGAAGGCCGCCUUCUUCGCCGAAGAACCCUCGUCCGCCUCGUCUUCCGCCAAAUCGAAAUCCACUGCCACGGAAACCUCCUUCUCCACCUUCGCCCUCUCGCGCCCCGUGCUGCGCGCCCUCUCCUCCCUCUCCUUCCACAAACCCACCCCUAUCCAAUCCCGCACUAUCCCCCUCGCCCUCGCCGCCAAGGACAUCGUCGCCGGCGCCGUCACCGGUUCCGGUAAAACCGCUGCCUUCAUGAUCCCCACCAUCGAACGUCUCACCUGGCGUGCCAAAUCCUCCAACAUCCACGAAGCCAAGACGCGCGUCCUCAUCCUCGCCCCCACCCGCGAACUCGCCAUCCAGUGCUACUCGGUCGGCAAGUCUAUCGCCAAGUUCACCGACAUCCGCUUCUGCCUCUGCGUCGGUGGUCUCUCCGUCAAGAGCCAGGAGGCCGAGUUGAAGCUCCGACCCGAGGUCGUCAUCGCCACUCCCGGUAGGCUCAUCGAUCACGUGCGCAACUCUGCCAGCUUCACGCUCGACGACAUCGAGAUCCUGGUCAUGGACGAGGCGGAUAGGAUGUUGGAGGACGGGUUUGCGGAUGAGCUAAACGAGAUCGUCAAGAGCUGCCCCAAAGGUGCGAGGCAGACCAUGUUGUUUUCGGCUACGAUGACGGACGAUGUGGAGCAGUUGGUGAGGUUGUCGUUGAAGAGACCGGUGAGGUUGUUCGUUGAUCCCAAGAGGAGUACUGCCAAGAAGCUCAUUCAGGAGUUCGUACGUGUCAGAGGGACAGGGAGUGGCGGGGUGGCGGGUGCGGAUGGUUUGGCAGGCGUUGAAGACCUACCCACCACACCGGCAGCCACGGGUAGGAGCGAAGACGCCCAACGACCAGCACUGCUUCUCUCGCUCUGCACGAGAACCUUCACCACGCAGACGAUCGUCUUCGUUCGUUCCAAGAAGCUCGCCCACCAGCUCAAGAUUGUCUUUGGUCUACUCGGCCUAUCCGCCGGUGAAUUGCACGGAGAUCUUUCGCAGGAGCAACGUAUCGAUGCGCUGACCGCGUUCCGCGACGGAAAGACGGAUUUCCUGCUGGCGACGGACCUCGCCUCUCGCGGUCUCGACAUCAAGGGAGUCUCGACCGUGAUCAACUACGACAUGCCCGGAUCCUUCGAAUCCUACCUCCACCGUGUCGGCCGUACCGCCCGAGCCGGUCGCAACGGUCGUUCCGUCACCCUCGUCGGAGAAGCCGACCGACGCAUGCUCAAACUAGCCAUCAAGCAAUCCACCUCGGAACAGGUCAAACAUCGGAUCAUCCCCGCCCCCGUCGUCGCGCAGAUGCUCGAGACGCUCGAGACGCUCAAACCCGAAGUCGACACUGUCCUGCGCGAGGAGAAGGAAGAGAAAGCUUUGCGCAUUGCAGAGAUGGAGUUGAAGAAGGGAGAAAACAUGGCCUCGCACGCGGACGAGAUCUUCUCCCGUCCCAAACGAACCUGGUUCCAGAGCAAAGCCGACAAGGAAACAGCCGAAGCUAUGAGCAGAGCCAAGUACGAAGCCACGCAAAAGAAAGACGGUAGGGAUAAAUAUGCAGGGUUGAGCAGGAAGAAGAGGAGAAGCAAGAUGAUGCGAGAGGAGAUCGAGAGGGAGAGGAAGGAGGCUAGCGCUUCCGGCGGUGCAAAGACGGCACAGGGUGGUAGCAUGGAUGCGGGUAUCAGGGCGGCCAAGAAGGCUAGCAGACCGACCAAAUUGGGUGUAGCUCCGGUGAAGGUGGUCAACAAGGGCAAAGCUAAAGGGAGCAAGGGGAAGAGUGCGGGGAGCAAGCCGGGGGGUGGGGGCAAGGUGAGGAGCUCGUUCAGCAGGGACUUUGGUGACAAAAAGCGUCGCUAA